UUCCCUUAGUUAGCUUUGCCAGCUCGACACCGCUGCUAUAUCUAAACCAUUUAGCCGCCACUGCUGUGCCUUUCUAGCAGAGUUUAUAAAGUAAAGCACAGCCUUAAUGUGCCAUUGCAUAUAGAUGAGCUGUCAACCAGUUUGAGCUAACACGGUGACAUAAAUACCAAAGGAGACCUUGAGCUCUCUUCCAUCUCAUACAGGACCUGCAGGACCAAAGCACUGAAGAAACCUACAGCUCCAGGGAUAUUGCGAGUUACUCAUUGUGGAAGAAGCAGGGCAGCCUUCUCUCUCUUACUGCUUAGCAAACAAGACUACUUUGUCGAUAGAGGGAAUGUUCAAAUACUUCCGGAAGCGCUUUGCCAGCCAUCUGACGGAACACUGUCGCCGAAGAGCAAGGCUGGUAUCUAAAGAUGGAAGGUGUAACAUAGAGUUUGGAAAUGUGGAAGAACAGUCACGGUUUGUCUUCUUGAUUGAUAUAUGGACCACGAUCCUGGACCUAAGAUGGAGGUACAAGAUGACCAUCUUCAUCUCAGCAUUCUUAGGCAGUUGGUUCCUAUUUGGUCUCCUUUGGUACGUUGUGGCAUAUAUACAUAAAGAUCUUCCUGAAUUCAGUCCUUCCAUAAACCACACCCCAUGUGUGGAGAACAUAAACGGCUUGACCUCUGCUUUCCUGUUCUCCCUGGAAACCCAGGUUACCAUUGGCUAUGGCUUCAGGUGUGUCACAGAGCAGUGUGCCACUGCCAUUUUCCUGCUGAUCUUUCAGUCUAUCCUUGGGGUCAUCAUCAACUCUUUCAUGUGUGGCGCUAUCUUGGCUAAGAUUUCUAGGUCCAAGAAACGGGCCAAGACCAUCACCUUCAGCAAGAAUGCGGUCAUUAGCAAACGAGGCGGCAAGCUGUGCCUCCUUAUCCGGGUGGCCAACCUUAGGAAGAGUCUACUGAUUGGGAGCCACAUCUAUGGGAAGCUUCUGAAGACCACCAUCACUCCAGAAGGAGAGACUAUCAUCUUGGACCAGGUCAACAUAGACUUUGUGGUGGAUGCUGGCAAUGAGAACCUCUUCUUCAUCUCCCCCUUGACUAUUUACCACAUCAUUGAUAAGACCAGCCCAUUCUUCCACAUGUCAGUGGAAACCAUCCUCCAGCAGGAUUUUGAGCUAGUGGUAUUUUUAGAUGGUACAGUGGAAGCCACUAGUGCUACCUGUCAGGUCAGGACAUCCUAUAUCCCAGAGGAGGUACUCUGGGGCUACCGUUUUGCUCCCAUUGUGUCCAAGACCAAGGAAGGGAAGUAUAGAGUAGACUUCCACAACUUCAGUAAGACCGUGGAAGUAGAGACUCCUCACUGUGCCUUUUGCCUCUACAAUGAGAAGGAUGCUAAAGCGAAGGCAAAGAGAGGUUAUGACAACCCUGGCUUCAUUCUGUCAGAAGUCAAUGAAACCAGUGACACAAAAAUGUAGCUCUGUAUGCUCAUGGGACUGGGGCAUUUUUUAUCGUAACACAAACUCAAUAUGGAGGUGCCCAAUAACCUAGUAGCACAGAAGAAAAAUGAACAGGGCUGUUUUGACUUGAAAAUAGCUCCUGAUUUCUCAAAAGAAUUAAAUCAAAGCAGACCACCACACCAGUGAUCUCCAAGAGGCUAUUUAACUGCAUUAUAUAUAUAUAAAUAUAUUUUCAUAGAACGUAUAUUUUUAUAGCUAUGGGAUGUUCAUUUAAGCUGCUAAAUUGGAAUGUCCGACUCACUCAAUUAAGUUCCCAAAGGCAUUUGAGCCAUAAGCAAGUCUGACAACAUGCCUUAAAAGAAGAGACACAGGGAGGGCUUCAGAUGUGCUGAAGAGGAGUGGUUCUUGGGAUGAAAUGUGAAAAGAAGAGAUAGGUAAAAAAUCAUCAAAAGUGCCUAAUGGUACAUCGACUAUCCCACGUGGCUCCCUAGUUAUGUACUAGGGCAGUUGGGAUUAUUUGAGCAGAACUAAUGCAUGUACAUCUACCUAAGAUGAUAAUUACACCUCCCAGCUACUGUGUAGACAUAUCCUAAGUGGCAUAGGAACCUAAACCCCAUUUUCAUAAUUGAAAUCAAUGAGAGUUAGGUGCCUAAAUACUUUUGAGAAACUGGGCCAUAGAUUUUCUCCUAGUAGCCUAAGUCACUUUUGAAAAUGGGACAUAGGUUCCUUAGAAAAUUUGACCCCAGGA